AUGGCCAUAGUGUUCAAAUGGCCUUGGUUGGGCAUAGCGGUAAAAAAGUUCUGGUCCAAGGUGAGAGCAAACCACCAGAGAAUUCACGGCAAGCCGCUUCCCGAACUGACGUCCUGGAAAACCAACUACAGAGAGCUGAAACGCGACUCGCAGAUACCUCCAAACUUCUCAUACGAUGACCUGGUCUUUCCGUACGACUCCGGCUCCGCAUUUCAGAAUCUGUGCAUGGCUCUUGGACCAGUGCGUCUCUGGCUUUGGCCUUGGGGAAAGCCUAGGGAAAACGGGAUUGACUUUGAAAAGGUCAGUGAGGACGAAGACCAACUGAAUCUUCCUUGGCCUCCGGAUGGAUCCAAUUACGAUAACGAUCCAUCUGAUGAAAUAACCGUGUCGUCAUGGAUUAACGAUCUCGGCGAGACCCUUGACGACUUCGGCGUCGACCUGGCCACAGAACCUUACGAAGCACCAAAAGAUAUCUAA